GAUCAGCUUUUGUUCUGAUGACUUGUGUAACUUGUAUAGUAUUUGUUCUUUCAUAUGGAGGCUAUUUCUUGACUUAGAGUUCUUCAUAAAUAAUCUAUAGAAUCUGCAUCUCAUUAGAUCAAUACUUGAUUAAAGUGGAAUCACACAUACCUGCAGUAUGGAUGCCUGGAGGGGCCCCCCGCCGCCAAUGUGGAAUAUAUAACACGGUUCAACUUUAUUGAUGAUUCGAGUAGCCCAAGUUCAUCAUGAGCUCAGAAGAGUCAGAAAACUUAUAUGCGGAAGAUGUUGACAUUGUCGGACAGCAAAAUUGUUCCUUAAAUCCCGACGAACUGAGAAAAAUUGAGGCAUGCCUCGAACCCACGGAUUACCUCAAUGACUCUAGCGAAUUUAACCGACAUAUAGCUUCACGGGCUCCUGGUACCGGUCUUUGGAUUUGUGACACUCCUCAAUAUCAAAAGUGGCAUAAUACGGGCGACCAAGGCAGUCCCUGGGUCAAAGGUGUACCUGGAGCUGGAAAAUCGGUGAUUUCUGCUUCUCUAGUGCAUCAUCUGAAGGCUACUGAAAAAGCUCCUGUUCUAUCAUUCUUUUUUCGCCAUAUACUUGAAUCGAAUCGAAAAUCACGAAAUCUCAUUUGUGAUUGGCUGGCGCAACUCUUACAAUAUAGUGUUGAUCUCCAGGCGGCCCUAAACGCCAUUGUGGACACGGAGUUGGAGCACUUUUCGGAUGAGCAACUAUGGGGCUAUCUACUUCUCGGCCUGUCUUCAUUUGAAAAAGUCUACUGCGUCGUUGAUGCCUUGGACGAGAUGGAGAUUGGAGAAGAGAAAGAUUUCUUACAAAGACUCAAAAAACUGGCGACAUUUCGGCCACAGCAUGUCAAAAUCCUUAUGACAAGUCGACCAGUUCAAGAAUUACAACUUGUAAUGAAGGAUGCUUCUAUCGCUCAUAUUAGUUUCGAAGAUGAUCGGGUUGGCAAAGAUAUAGAUCUUUUUCUCUCUCAACGUUUAGAAAGCAUGUUUGAAGGACGUAAUCCGGAUCUAAUCCCAGCUGUGGCUUCAAAGCAACAACUGGACCUCGAAGAGAUUGCUAGUACUCUUCCUGUUGGCAUGCAGGAUAUGUACAACAGUAUUCUUCUUCGACAGUCUAAAUCUACCGGAAUCAGUACAGAUUUUCAAGUAUUCCUUCUUAACGCAGUUAUAUUCUCUUCCCGGCUUCUUCAUCUCACCGAGCUUGCAGAUUUAUUAGCAUUUGUUUACCCACCGAACGAUCUGUCCAGUGCCAAGACCAUUGUAAAGUCGGCUUGCGCUCCUUUACUUGAGAUUAUGAAUGACGAAACGGUUCAGGUUAUCCAUCAUUCGCUCACCGAGUUUCUUCUAGAUUCCAAUCGAGCUCAGCACAAUCCUUCUGGGUCGUUUCCUCAGUUCCCUGUUCUCGACCAGAACUCCGCGCAUAAACGCCUGGUCCUUAUGUGUUUAGCUUACAUACAGUCAGGAACACUAACUAACGCUGUUAGUGUAUCGGAUGAUGUUUCGCUAGUAAAAUGCCCCAGAUGUGAUCGGGGACAUGGUGUGUGUAGCUGCGGUUGGUCAAUAGCCACCCUUUAUAGCAUCGGUUUUCGGAAGGCAAAGCUUGAUCACCCGUUCCUUGAUUACGCCAUCCGAAACUGGACAUACCAUGGAAAUAAAUAUGACAUUGAGGACGAGUCUGUUUUCGAUGCUAUAUCAUCAUUCCUAAGUCCGGAAAGGUUAGACUUUAGAAGGUGGCUGACACUUGAGUGGGGCGUUCGAUUUAUCACAAAAGACUCAGUAGUGCCAUCGCCAGCGCAUGUGGCUGCAUUCAGUGGAAUGAGUAGCUAUUUGAAACUACUUUUAUCUAAAACUGAGGAUAUCAACUCGAAAGACACUGGAGGUCGUACUAUACUGCAUUGGGCUUGUAAACGUGGCAAUUUGAGAAUAGUUGAGCUUUUAUUACAGCAUCGUGCAAUGCUCGACAUUGAAGAUCAUUCUCACCUAAGGCCCGUUCACGAAGCUGCCCGCAGAAACUUCGCUCCUAUCGUAAUGGCUAUACUGAAAGCUGGUGUGAAUCCAACCAGAAGUACCGAUGAUAAUUCUCAGCCUGAUUUGGAAGCGUGUGCUAGGAAUAGAGAAGGCGAGUCUGGCACUGCGCUGGGCUACAUGUAUAUAAAUGGACAUAUAGAAACCAUCUUUGUGACUUUACCUUUCCUCGAAAUGAGAGGGAUUGAAGAGGCAUUAUGGCGAUGUUUAAUGAAUGGAAAAUCAGAAGCGGUACGAGCCAUACUCACCAACACUAAUGUUUCCCUAAGUUCUGUAUACACUGGCACUACUAUGCUUUACGCUGCAACAGUGGGUGGGAGUCCAAGCUGUGUAGAGCAAGUAUUGAUUAGGGGUGUAGAUCCGAAUGCUUUCUCCGAGCCACGAUUGCUAGAUCGUCGGCAGCAUUCUGCAAAGCCUCAAGAUAGAAAGUAUUUCCAGAGCACAGCAUUACACGUUCUUGCGGAAAGAUGCGGUGAUGAAAAUCGAGUUCAUAAAAAUGAACAAAUACUUAACAUGCUAUUAAAGUAUGGAGCGAAUCUCGAGGCAAAAGACAGCAAUGGGCGCACUCCUCUUUGGCUAUGUUUUGCAUCACGUACAAACGUCGUCGCAAAGUCGGGCAUCCGGUGUUUCCUGAGCGCAGGAUCCAGCGCAACAAUGACGGAUGAUAAAGGACAUGGCUCAAUAUACAGUAUUUUAACCAGAACCAAAGAUGUCGAAUUACUAAAGCUACUAAUCCAUCAUGGAGCCAAUGUUUCUGCACUUUCUAAAGAUGGCGAAUCAUGUCUUGAGGCUUUGUUCGCAUACAGAUUUACGACUAGAGAUACCGAUAGCUUUGACACUAUCAUUCAGUUCUUUGUCAAGAAUGGCGCCAGAUGUGAUGUUCAACCUGUGAAACGCUUAUCAGUCAUUGAGCGCGUAGUAAAUUCCAAGAACUACAACAUUGAAACUUUCAAAAUCCUGCUUCAGCACUGCGAAGACAAGGAGACCAAAAGGCGUUGUUUAUUUUAUUUGAAUAGAGACACCAAGGAAGAGAUGAUAGGAUAUAUCCAAGAACUUAUAUUGUCUGGUAUAUCACUGGAAGAACGAGACGAGGAAGGUUGCACUGCGUUGGCUUCGAGUAUUCACAAUCCCAUACUCUUCCAAGCUCUGCGAGAUUGUGGGGCUCGAACGGACGCCGUGGAUAACCAAGGAAAAAGCGUCUGACACCACGCAUUGUCUGGUCAUCCCGCAAACUAGAGCCUGAAUACUAUCCGCAGUUGAAUUUUCAACGAUGGUCAAGAUCCUCGGCAGGUAGAGAAUUUCGGUGAUACAAUUUUAGAUGAAGUUGCGAAAUUGUAUCAUGGCUUACUUCUUCUAGUAAGCCUUACGAAAGAGCUCCCCACCCACGGACUUUCGAUGAAUACGAAGAAUAAUCCCGAAAAAUCACCUCUUCAUACAUAUAUUGAGGACCAAAAUCUCAGGAAGGUUUAUCGUGGUAAGGUUUCACACUUUGGGGAAGUUCCUUGGAGAGCUCCAUCAUUCCUUGAACUUGCUGUAGACCACAUCAAAUGUUUAAAGAUUUAUAGUCAGGACAAUGAAGGUUUGACCGCCCUCUAUGCCGAAGCCUUAUACUCCAAGAUCCAUGUCUCCAACCUCAUAGAUGCAGGAGCAUACUCUAAAAUAUGGACCAACAACGGCA